CGACAGUGAAGGAUCGACAUGGCCAGUGAAGAGAUCGAAACCUCCAGGUUUUUGAAGGAUAAAGAAGCCGGGAGAAAUGCAAAUGAGAGGCAGGAGGAACAGGAAUCAUCGGAUACGUUCUGUGGUCUCUCUGUAUUCAAGGGACCCGCUUUACAGAGAUUUGCCACUGCGCAUAUGUUUGUGAUCAUGUACGGCAUAGCUAGCUGCUUUCUGGCCAUGGCCUUUACCUACUUCACUGGAACGAUUACGACGAUGGAGAAGCGCUUCAAUAUACCCACCAAGAUAUCGGGUCUCAUAACGGUGGGCAAUGAUAUAAGCACUGUUUUCUCGUCGGCCUUUUUGAGCUACUAUGCCAGUAGAGGUCAUCGCCCGCGUUGGGUUGCCUUGGGCCUCAUCAUAAUAGCCCUUUUCUGCCUGCUCAUGUUGACCCCGCACUUUUUCUACGGAGCCGGCGAAGAGGCACUGAGACUGACCGAGGAGUACAUACUGAAGGAAUCCGUUGACACUUCAGUCAAUGCCACGGAUAACAAUGACGCUCUGUGCCAUGCAAAGGACUCGAACUGUGUGGAGGGUGCUGGCGACUACACGCCCAUCGUGCUGUUCUUCAUCGCCCAGUUUAUUGGGGGCAUUGGUUGUUCCCUUUUCUACGCUCCGGGUCUCUCCUACAUGGACGAUAACUCUGCGAGUUCCAAGACGCCAGCUAUGCUUAGUUGGACCACCUUUCUGAGGAUGCUGGGUCCUGCAAUGGGUUUCUCCAUGGUCUCCUUGUGUCUCCGGCUUUACAUCGAUCCCUUCAAGACGCCUCUGAUUACCACAAAGGACCCACGCUGGAUGGGAGCCUGGUGGCUGGGCUGGAUUCUGAUCACCUUUAUCCUGCUGAUAUCGGCAUUCUUUGUGGCCAUGUUUCCCAAGGAGAUGCCCAGUGCCAAGGCAAGACGUUUAAGAGCCGAAGGCGAGGAGGAUGUCCCACUGGCGAAGCGUUCCUUUCAGGAUAUGCUAGACUCGCUGAAACGUCUUGCGGGCAACAAGGUGUAUGUCUACAACAUGCUGGCCUCGAUACUCUACUUCUUCGGCUACAUGCCCUACUGGAUAUUCACCCCGAAGUACAUAGAGAUUCAGUACCGUCAGUCGGCUUCGACUGCCACCAUGGCCACGGGAACCUGGGCGCUGGGCUUCUCCGCCGCAGGUGUACUGAUCUCUGGAUAUGUGAUCUCCAAGUACAAGCCGAGUGCCAGGGCGAUGGCUGCCUGGAACUUUGUGGUGGACUACCUCACGGUGGCCGGCAUCCUUUGCUACAUCCUGGUGGGAUGUGACGAGAGCGAUCGGGCCAACUCACUGUCCAUUCUGCCAAUCGGCGACAGUUGCAGUGCCUCGUGUGACUGUGAGUAUGUGUACUAUGCUCCGGUUUGCAGUCCGGAAAACAUCACCUACAUAUCCGCCUGCCAUGCGGGAUGCACCGAAAAGGGUCUGGAUGAUCUGGGAAGAAUCAUUUACACAGGCUGUCUGUGCAUGGACAGGUCCCCCAACCUGACCACUUUGUCGAGUGUCACAUCACUGGCCGCCUUCCAGUCGGAGAUCGCCGUGGACGGAGCCUGUCCGGUGGAUUGCAACAAACAGUUUCUUAUCUUCUUGGCCGUCAUGUGCUUCCUGAAGUUCGUGGGGGCUACUGGGCGAUCGAGCAACCUGCUUUUGGCCCUGCGAUGCGUUCCCUCGAGGGACAAGACCUUUUCCCUGGGCUUUGGCAGUAUGGUCUACUCCGUGCUGACCUUCAUUCCUAGCCCCAUUGUCUUUGGCUGGAUGCUGGACAGCUAUUGUCUGGUGUGGGGCAAGACAUGUAGCUCGAAGGGUAACUGCUGGAUAUACGACACGAAGUCCUUGAGGUACACAAUGAACCUUGUGUGUGCGUCUUUAAUUUUUCUUGGUAGUUUUUGGAAUAUUGGCGUCUGGUAUCAUGCCAAGGACAUGAAAGUCUUCGAUGAAGAGGAAGCCGUCAAGCCGAACAAUCAGGAAGAUGUAAUAGAGCUUAAGGAAAAACAAAAAGAAAUGGUUCCCACAUGAAUUUUAAGUUAAUUGUAAGAAAACUGUAUUCUGCCUGUAAUUUCCGAAAUGCCAAUUAUAAUCUGUAAAACCAAAA